AUGAUCAACUCGCUGUUUCUCUCAACUGCUCUGGCUUCGUUGGCCGCGCUCGCAAGGGCGGCAGAUGACCCUACCGUCUGGACUGCGGACUCUCGCCUCCACCGGUCACUAUGGGGCAUGGCUUACACUGGAGAUACUGUUGAAGAAGUUAUUAAGGAUGUGCAGCUGAUGAGCCAACCUUGUGCAAGAAGCAAUCAAACAAACAAAGACGUGAGUAAUCCGUUCCCACCGAUUCAAAGAUUGUAUUCGGGUGGUUUUUUUCUAAAAUUGGUCUCAAAAAGGAACCUGCACGUAUUUGCCGGCAUUUAUAUUGACGGAAACGAGACGACAUAUGAGCGCCAGCGUGAUCAGGCCUUCGAUGUUUUGGACAAGUAUGGGGUAGACAAUAUUCUGGGUAUUACUGUCGGCAACGAAUACCUCCUUCAGACAUCCAGCGGCGGGGGCUCCGUCACCACCGCGGAAACAUAUCUCAUCUCCAAGAUCAAUGAAGUCCGUACCAUGUUGCAAGCCAAGAACUAUGCCAAAACUAUCCCCGUUGGAAGCGCCGAUGCUGGCAGUCAAAUCACCCCAGAGCUGGCCGCGGCUGCAGACUAUAUCAUGGCAAAUACUCACCCCUUCUUCUCUGGCAUCAAUAUUGAAGGCGCUGCUGACUGGACCGCCCAGUACCUCAUUGACGAGGAGCCCCGUUAUGCGACAGCAGCCGGAAAGACAUUGUACUCUGCAGAAAUCGGAUGGCCAACUGACGCCAUGGCGGGUGGUUCCCUGACCCUGAACGGCAGCGCGGCUUCGAUCCCAGACGCUCAAGUCCUCUUGGACACCUUUGUCUGCGCAGCCAACACCAAUAUCACGGCCGGCGGUGCCUAUGCCAAUGGCUAUUUCUGGUUUGAACUCUUCGAUCAAAAGUGGAAGGAACAAUAUGGAGGUGCUGAGCCUUUCUGGGGUCUCUUUGACCAGCAACGCAACCUCAAGAACUUGAACAUCCCAACCUGCCUCGCUGCCGCUGAAGCUCCAGUUGGCACCAUGGGCAACAACGACGGCAGCG